UGAUACGAAAACCCUUUAAGCAUAUGGUUUUGAUUCUUUAAUUUUUAGAAUCAGAACCAUACCGCCUCUCACAUAAUUGGACCAAAACCAUUUGGUCCCGUCCAAUUUAUCUAAUCUAACCAUUUUUUUGCUCCCUUACAUAUUAAAAUCUUGUAGCAUGUCAGUAUUUUUCUUUGAAAACCUUCUGUUUUUUUUUUUUUUUUUUUUUUUCUUUAAUGUUUUAACUAAAUUUCUAUAUAUCUUUUUUAAAAUUUUAAUUGAUCUGUCAGAUGUUACAUUGAUCUUGCUCAAAGUUUAUGGUUUCUAAGUACAAUCAUAUUAUAUUGAACUUUCUUGUUGAAGAAAGUGAAUUUUAAGAUGUGACAAAACGAGUGAAUACUAUAUUAUAUUGUAUUCCACCGUUUAUGGACCGUGUAUCCUCGUAUUUAAUACCACACGAAUUUAAACUCGAUUCUGGAUCCUCAUAUUCAAUACAACACGAAUUUAGACACAAUAUAACAUAUUACAUAUGCAUCAGGUUCAGAAAAAGAGGAGCUUAACCCCAUGCAUGAGCGGAAUUGAGGAAAAGCCUAAACCAAAAACCGAAAAAAAAAAAAAAGUGGAACCUUGAUGGUCCACACGUGCGAGUAAUUCCUUUAAAAUUGGCGGGGUUCAUACGGUUAUUCCAACAGAGUCGGGGACAUAGCGAUGGGAUGUAGACCUGUUCGUUCUCUGCUAAACUCAAAACCGACCUUUACAUUUCUCCGGAUCUCCUAUAUUCCACAUCUCUCUCUCUCUCUCUCUCUCUAGAACUUCACCUCUUUUUCUAUUUUCCGAUUCUGAUCUCUCUCCAUCGCCAUGGAUGAAGAAUAUGACGUUGUGGUUCUUGGAACAGGUCUCAAGGAAUGCAUUCUCAGCGGUCUCCUCUCUGUCGAUGGACUCAAAGUUCUGCACAUGGAUAGAAAUGAUUACUAUGGAGGAGAGUCCACCUCACUUAAUCUCAACCAGGUAACAGUUGUAUGGUAUAUUAAGAUAUUGUUUGUAAAAGGCACUUUUAUUAAUCUCAACUAGUAACUGUUAUAUUGUUAUAUUAUGAUAUUGUUUGUUAAAAACACUUUUUUUUUUCUUUAUUAUUAUUUUUUAUUUAUGUGUGUGUGUUUGUAUGACAUUGAGUUGUUUCCAUUUGGCCUAAAGAUCUGGAAGCGAUUCAGAGGCGAUGACUCACCGCCAGCACAAUUGGGCUCAAGUAGAGAUUACAAUGUAGAUAUGAUCCCUAAGUUCAUGAUGGCUAAUGGCGCCUUGGUUCGUGUUCUUAUUCACACUGAUGUUACAAAAUAUCUGAAUUUUAAGGCAGUGGAUGGUAGUUUUGUGUUCAACAAAGGGAAGGUUCACAAAGUGCCGGCUACUGAUGUGGAAGCACUUAAAUCCCCACUAAUGGGUUUGUUUGAGAAGCGUCGUGCUCGGAAGUUCUUCAUUUAUGUGCAGGACUAUGAAGAGACUGAACCAAAGUCUCACGAAGGGAUGGACCUCAAUAAAGUUACAGCAAAAGAUCUUAUUUCGAAGUAUGGGCUAGAUGACAAUACGGUUGAUUUUAUUGGGCAUGCAUUGGCACUCCAUAAAGAUGACAGUUAUUUGAAUCAGCCUGCUAUGGAUUUUGUUAAGAGAGUUAAGCUAUAUGCAGAGUCUUUAGCUCGCUUUCAGGGAGGAUCCCCUUAUAUAUAUCCUCUGUAUGGUCUUGGAGAACUGCCUCAGGCAUUUGCCCGUCUGAGUGCUGUUUAUGGUGGCACCUACAUGCUCAGCAAGCCAGAAUGCAAGGUAGAAUUUGAUGAAAAUGGGAAGGCCUUUGGGGUGACAUCAGAAGGAGAAACUGCAAAAUGCAAAAAAGUAGUAUGUGAUCCUUCAUAUUUGCCUGACAAGGUAAAGAAAGUUGGCAAAGUGGCUCGUGCUAUAUGUAUAAUGAGUCAUCCGAUCCCAAACACCCAUGAUGCUCACUCUGUCCAGGUUAUUCUGCCUCAGAAACAAGUUGGGCGUAAAUCAGAUAUGUACCUGUUCUGCUGCUCCUAUUCUCACAAUGUAGCUCCUAAAGGCAAAUACAUUGCUUUUGUUACAACAGAAGCAGAGACUGAUAAUCCUGAAGUGGAAUUAAAGCCUGGCAUAGAUCUCCUUGGACCUACAGAUGAAAUAUUUUUCGAUACUUUUGACAGAUAUGAACCCAGUAACCAGAAUACCGUUGACAACUGUUUCAUAUCCACUAGUUAUGAUGCAACGACACACUUUGAGUCCACAGUAGAAGAUGUGAUUGCCUUGUACAGCCAAAUAACUGGAAAGACUCUUGACCUAACUGUGGAUCUAAGUGCUGCCAGCGCUGCUGCAGAAGAAUGAACUUUUCCUGCAUGCUAGAAGAACUUGUACUGAAAGAAGAGCGUGAAGAACACCUAUGUCAGAUUCCUUUCCGUUAUUAUUAUUAUUUUUUUUCAAUCUCAAAUUACAGUAGUCCUUAAACAGAUUGUCCAUUUUUUUCUUCAACUGACUGAUUGUCCUUACAUUACUAGUUUUGUUCAAAACCUGCAUUGGAAUUCAACAGAAUAUUUGUUUCAACUUGCGGCAAGAGUUUGUUGGUUAUACAUGAUUUGUUUAUAUAUAAACAUUAGAAUUAUUCAA